AUUUUGUUUUUUGUUUUUGGAGUCUGUAAAACUUUUGAUAGUUUGGGGUUUUUUUUUUGGGUUUAUGGGUUCAACUUCUGUACUUCUACAGCUCUGCAUUCAUUCACUCGUAUUUAAUUUUUGAUUUAUUUUUUAAAAGAAAGGAUUUUUUUGGGGUGCUAUUUUUCUACUGUGGUCCUGAAUUCUCUAUUGAGUUCUUGACUUUAUUAUCAUCCAUGAUAACCCCAUUUAUCCAUUUUCUUUGUUUCGUGUUUGGGUGAUCCUGCUAAAGAUUUGAAGUACAUUGUUGAGGUUGGGAGCGAUUGGAGCUGAAUUUUGGGUUGUUUGAAGCAAACCCAUUUGAAUUUGUCGCUCCAAUUGUUCAAAUUUUGAAUUCUCAGAGUUAUGUUGCUGAGUUUGUUCUUAAUACAAUACUAGGAGCAGUAAGCUCGUGACUUUGGUAGCCGGGCUUCAAGAGGGUCUGAAUGAGUGAGGGGCGAUGUUUUGUAAGAAUGGAGGAUCUUUUGGUAAAUGUUGUUAGGAAAGAAAUGUGGAUUAGUAACGAAACCCUGAAGGUUAAAGUAGUUGAAUCAAAUGGUCUUCACUAUAUGAUACUCUGAUUGCCAAGAAUGUCAAGGGCUUCAAAGUGGAAACUUGAUAAGACCAAAGUAAAAGUUGUAUUUCGACUUCAAUUCCAGUGUACACAUAUCCCACAAUCUGGAUGGAAUAAUUUAUUCAUUUCACUUGUUCCGGCUGAUUCUGGCAAGGCAACCGGAAAGACUAAUAAAGCAAAUGUUAGAAAUGGUUCUUGCAAAUGGUCAGAUCCUAUCUAUGAAACCACAAGACUUCUCCAAGACUCUAAAACUAGACAAUAUGAAGAAAAGAUUUACAAACUUCUUGUUGCAACGGGUGCAUCACGGUCUAGCCUCCUUGGGGAAGCUAGCAUAAAUCUUUCUGACUAUGUUGAUGCGUUAAAGCCCACUGCUGUUUCACUGCCCCUACAGGGAUCUGAUUCUGGAGCUGAGUUACACGUUACAGUGCAGCUUUUGACUUCAAAAACUGGUUUCAGGGAAUUUGAACAGCAGAGGGAAAUCAGUGACAGAGGGUUGCAGACAAACACUGAUCAUGAUAGUGGAAAGCUGUCGACACCAGGCGAUGGAGUCAUUUCUCGUAAUGACAAGGUGAGCCCACGAGUUAAGUUCAAGUCAGAAUCUAAAGAGCUACUAGCACUUGAAGAAGAAUCAGGCAUCAGUGAAGAGUAUGCAGACUCAGCUGCUGGCUUUGAUGGAUCAUCCAAUACUUCAGGAAGUUUUUGUGCAGAAAAGCCUGAAAACUCGAGCACCCGAGAAAUUUACAGUGUCAAGAGCACAGUCUCUGGUGAGCGUGGAGGGGUUUCUUCCACUUAUAUCCCUGAAAAAGAGAAAGGGGCAUCUGAUAAUCGCUUGUUGGUGCAUGGUACUAGUGAUUGGGUCCACCGGUGGGGUGCAGAAAACUUAACUGACGGUGAAAUCGCAGUUGUUUAUGAAGAGAACAAUAGACUUAGGGGAGCCUUAGAAGCAGCUGAUACGACUAUUAACGAUCUUAGACAGGAGAUAAGCUCUCUACAAAGUUACGCUGAUGAUAUAGGUGUUGAAGCACAAAACUUGACAAAAAAAUUAGACAUUGAAUUGUCUGCAGAUGAGGAGCUGGUGAAAGAGGUUUCUUUGCUCAAAUCAGAGUGUUCUAGAUUCAAAGAUGAUCUUCAUUGGCUAAAGAGUUUGAAAAUGAAUCCUCCAAUUCCUAGAAGGACAACUGUUGAUGUAGAUCAAUAUAACUUAAUUCAAGACACGAAUCUGAGAUGGCUGAAGGGCAUUUCAGUUUUGGAGGAUAAGCUCAGAGAAGUCCAGGAGAAGGCACUUCUUGGAUUCAAUGGGAAUGAUUCAACAAUUAUGCACACAGAUCUAGAGGCAUUGUUCUGUAUUGUGCAAGAUCUCAAACAAGGAACCGAGGGUUCUGUUUAUCAGCUUGAUGGAUUAUCAACUGAAAAAGCAAAGACAACUAUUGGUGGAAUGAUUUCACAUAAAACUGAUCAUGUCAUGUCAGAUACUGGUCUAGGUGUUGAGUUGUGUCAUCCAGAAGGUGUACUUUUACCAGGGCUGCUGGCUCCUGGGACUGGUCCAGUGGAUACUACAAAUGCAAUGCAAGGAGAAAUUUUCAAACUUCUGAGGGAGUUAGACGAGUCCAAAGCUGAACAGGAGUGCCUUCUGAGAAAGAUGGAUCAGAUGGAGUGUUAUUAUGAAGCACUUAUUCAAGAGCUGGAGGAAAACCAGAAGCAGAUUCUUGGUGAAUUGCAGAAUCUCAGAAAUGAGCAUUCUUCGUGCAUAUACACUGUUUCAUCCACUAAGGCUCAGAUGGAGGCAAUGCAUCAACAGAUGAACAAUGAGCUGUUACAACUUGCUGAGGAGAGAUGCAACUUGGAUCUCCGUAACAAAGAGCUAGAGAAAAGAGCUCUUUCAUCAGAAGCCGCACUUCGAAGGGCAAGAUUAAAUUAUUCAAUUGCUGUGAAUAAGUUACAAAAAGACCUUGAAGUUCUUUCUUCGCAGGUACACUCUAUGUAUGAGACAAAUGAAAAUCUCAUACGUAAAGCUUUUUCAGAAGUUUCACAACCAUUGCUUCAAGAUGCUGUGCCAAGUGACCUUGCUAGAGGCUCUGAUACUGACAGUCCUAUGAUGUCCCAGAGUCAUAGUAUGAGUGUCAAAAAUCAACUUCUGGGAACUGAUAGGCUCUUGGAGAACUUAAAGAUGUCUCUCAAAUCGCAGGAGGAGCUGUAUGGGAAGAUACAGGAAGAACUUUUUGAAAUGCAUCUUGCAAAUGUACAUCUUGAUGUGUUCUCAAUCACACUUCAUGAAGCUUUAGUAGAAGCAGAUUUGGGGAGGAAAUUUGCACAGGCAGAGAUGCAUGAAUUUGCCAAGCAGCUGGAGCUUUCGUCGAGGGCCAAUGAAUCGCUGAUAGUGAAAUUGCAAAAUAUGACGGAUGAGGUGAGUGUUCUCACAGAGGAAAAGACUGUGUUUGUUUCAAGAUGCAAUGACCUUGCUCUGGAGAACGGUAAAUUGGAAACAAAUCUGAAGAGCGUUUCCAAUGAAAAGCUUGCCCUUGCUGAGAAAAUUGAAGAAUUGGGGAUUCUGUUAACUGGAUACCAAAGUUAUAAAAGAAAUUAUGAAGAUUGUAAUGUUGAGAAUGAAAAGUUGGCAUAUCUUUUAGAGAAAUCUACUGCAGAGAAGGGAAAUCUUUCAAAUGAAAUUGCAUUGUUGCAGGAAGAACUGAUGAGCAUGAAGAGCAAAGUCAAAGCAACGGAGCAUUUGCAGAAUAUAGUUGACUAUCUUCGUGAAAGACUAGGGAAUUUGUUGGCAUCUGGCAAAGAGCGAGCUGAUGAUUUGCUCUCUUGUAGUAACAUAGAGGAUAAGAAACCAGAGUUUCAGGAAUUCGUGAGUAUUACAAUGCAGCUGGAAGAGGGCCAGCGGAAGCUCCAUGACAAAAUCCUCCUACUCAUGGAAGAGAGGGAAGAUUUGCUGAAUGAGUGUGAUACUUCCAAGUUCUCUUUAGCCAGUGCAAAAUCCGAAGUUGAGAUUGUGAAGCAGAAAUUUCAGUGUGAUGUAGCUGACAUGGUUUAUAAAUUAAAUGCAUCAAGCACUCUUGUGGAAAAGCUUCAAACAGAUCUUGAAGUUGUUGGUAACAGAUUGAAGCUUAGCUCAGAGGCAGAGGAAAAAUAUACACUGUUGGCUCAAGAUCUUCUGUCUGAUUUUGUAAAACUGGAUGCUUCCUUAGAAGAACUCACUUCCAAGAAUAGGGAUCUUGCUGCAGAAAUAAUGGCUUUAGGAAGUGUUACUGAUGAACUGAAGGGGGAUAAGUUGCUAAUAGAUAGAAUAACACAGGAAAACAUGAACCUAACCGAAUCGUUACAUAGUAAGACUGAUGAAACUGGCAUGCUUACGUUGGAGCUUAAUAAUUUGAAAGGAAUGGUGGAAAGCUUGCAGGAUGUGGUGUCUCUUCAAAGGGACUUCAAAGAUCGACUUGAGGCUGAUGUAUUAAAUCUGAAUAUUCAGUUGAAGGAGAGAGAUGACAAGUUGUCUCACCUUGAUCAGCAGAAAUCUGAAGUAAGCCAACUAAAGCGGCAUCUAUCAGACAUGGAGUCAGAAAAAUCAAGUCUCUACCAUCAAUUCUCGAAUUUAGAAAAGCACCUAAAGAAGACAGCGGAGGGAUCCUCUGCUGAUUUUGAAAUUCAGUUAAUGGAUAUGCAUGAACUUGUAAUAACUGCUGAUAUUACAUGUACUGUUGUUAAGAAGCAGUAUAAAGGCCAUGUUGAAGCGCUCUUACAACAACUAGAGUACACGAAUCAUCUUCUCCUAGAUGUUAACCAGAAAAAUCUUGAUCUCACUUCCAAGCUUAACAACUGUCUUGCUAGCAAAGAAAAAUUUGCUGAAGAAAAAUCUAGAUUGCUGUCAACCCUUGAAAUUUUAAGAUCCGAGUCAGAAUCUUAUGUUUCCCUGAACAAAGCUCUAGAGCAUGCCAACACUAUUACAGCUGCUGAACUCGAAGAGUACAAGAAGAAGAAUGAUAUUUUAGUGACAGAAUAUGAAAAUGCUAAAUCAGAACACAAGUUUGACAUUGAAGAGCUUAAAUUCUUGCUUGGAAGUUCUCAAAGAGAGAAUGAUAGUUUUAUAGUUUCAAAGGAAGAGCUUGAGAUCAGGUUUCUGGUGAUGAAAGCAUCAAUGGAGGAAAUGAGUGCUCAUUGCAACUUUCAUGAAGAAUGUAUAGAAGAGCUGACAAUGCUAAAAAAACAGUGCUCUGAUCUUACGCGUAAGCUUUCUGAACAGGUUUUGAAGACAGAGGAGUUCAAGAAUUUGUCUAUUCAUCUAAAGGAGCUUAAAGACAAAGCUGAUGCUGGGCAUCUUCAAGCAAGUGAAAAGAAAGAAGCUGAAGGGUCUUCAGUUGCUAUGCAGGAAUCCUUGAGAAUAGUAUUCAUUAAGGAGCAGUAUGAAACUAAGAUACAAGAAGUUCGACACCAGCUGUCUAUUUCGAAGAAGCAUGGUGAAGAGAUGCUCUGGAAAUUACAGGAUGCUCUUGAUGAUCUCGAGAAUAGGAAGAAAUGUGAAGCAACUCAGUUAAAAAGAAAUGAAGAACUAAUAUUGAAGAUAGCCGAAUUAGAGGCUGAGUUACAAUCAGCCCUCUCGGAUAAGCGUGAAAGAUUCAUGGAAUAUGAACAGCUAAAGGCAGAGUUAGAUUGCUCAGUCAUGAGUCUAGACUGCUGCAUGGAAGAAAAAAAGCAGCUAAUGGCAUCUUUACAGAAAUCUAAUGAUGAAAAAGGUAGAUUGGCUGAUGAAAUUGAAUUGUUGAGAGAACAGAUAGAGAACCUAAAAGCAUUCAUGACAAGUCCCAAAAACAAUGAGUAUGUGUGUGAUGCACUGCAAAAGGGUUCAAGGGAGCCGUCUAAUUUUGAGAAAUCAGUAGAGAAUUCAGUUUUAAGCGGGCAAGAAGUUUUAGAUGAGGGAAUUUUAUGUAAUUCCUUUAGUGACCAGGCAAACCACUCAUCUCACAAUAUGGUGCAACAAACUGAAAGGGGGGAUGGGGUAUAUAUGAAACCGCCAGUAGUACAGGAUGCUUUGGUAACCAAAUCCACAGAAGAUCUUUCAGGGGUAACAAAGAAUGAAGAUGAUAUUGUGCACAAUGACUCAGUGCAUGCCACUCUUCUUAAUGAUCAGCUGAAAGCACAAAAUUUAAUGUCAAGCAUGGACCGCUUACAGAAAGAGUUAGAACGGAUGAGAAAUGAGAAUACUCUUCUAGGAGAUGAAAUCUCAUGUGAACAAGAUCAUCAAGGAUUACGAAGUGAGCAAAUGCAUUUAGAGAAGGUAACCAAGGAACUUGGUGACAUGUCUUGUAUGUAUAAUGAUUCUUCAAGAAGUGGAAACUCGGUAGAGAGAGUCCUUGCUUUGGAGCUGGAACUUGCUGAAGCCUUGCAGGCCAAGAAGAAGUCAACCAUCCAAUUUCAGAGUUCUUUCUUGAAGCUACACAGUGACGAAGCUGCAGUAUUUCAUAGCUUCAGAGACAUAAAUGAACUGAUAAAAGACUUGCUGGAGAUGAAGGAAAGAUACAGUGUUAUGGAGUCAGAACUCAAAGGAAUGCAUGAGAGGUACUCUCAACUAAGCCUGGAUUUUGCCGAGGUUGAAGGAGAGAGACAAAAGCUUACAAUGACGCUAAAAAAUGUGCGUUCACCAAAAAGGCUUUUAUCUCGCCCUCAGUUAUCCACCCAUGAGGAUUCAUCUCCAUGAUCUUACAGUUUUUUUUAUCCAUUUUCAUUACAUGAACAUCAAGCAGUUACCUAAAUGUACACUUGUGCUUGUGUAAAUAACGAGCAUUGUAUAAUUUCUUGUUAUAGGUUAGAAUUCAAUGCCCAAAUGUUCUCAGGGCUGUUGCAUAGGUAAAGUCCGGAUUUUUUCGACCUGUAUUUAUGUAUCAAUAUGUAUGUAUAGGAAGCAAACUACAACAUUUAGUUGUUAAAUCAUAAAUUUUUGAUUUGUAAUUGAACUCAAAUUCCACCUGAA